AUGCAGAUCUUCGUCAAGACCCUCACCGGCAAGACCAUCACCCUCGAGGUCGAGUCGAGCGAUACCAUCGACAACGUUAAGACCAAGAUCCAGGACAAGGAGGGCAUCCCCCCGGACCAGCAGCGUCUGAUUUUCGCUGGAAAGCAGCUGGAGGAUGGCCGUACCCUGUCUGACUACAACAUCCAGAAGGAGUCUACUCUCCACCUCGUUCUCCGCCUGCGUGGUGGUAUGCAGAUCUUCGUCAAGACCCUGACCGGAAAGACCAUCACCCUUGAGGUGGAGUCUUCUGACACUAUCGACAAUGUGAAGACCAAGAUUCAGGACAAGGAGGGCAUCCCUCCCGACCAGCAGCGUCUCAUCUUCGCGGGAAAGCAGCUGGAGGAUGGCCGUACCCUGUCUGAUUACAACAUCCAAAAGGAAUCCACUCUUCACCUCGUCCUUCGUCUCCGUGGUGGUAUGCAGAUCUUCGUCAAGACUCUUACGGGAAAGACGAUCACAUUGGAAGUUGAAUCUUCCGACACCAUCGAUAACGUUAAGACCAAGAUUCAAGACAAGGAAGGCAUCCCCCCGGACCAGCAGCGUUUGAUCUUUGCUGGUAAGCAGCUGGAGGAUGGCCGUACCUUGUCCGACUACAACAUUCAGAAGGAAUCGACCCUUCACCUUGUCCUUCGUCUCCGUGGUGGUAUGCAGAUCUUCGUGAAGACACUCACCGGCAAGACGAUUACGCUGGAGGUGGAGAGCUCGGAUACCAUUGAUAACGUCAAGAACAAGAUCCAAGAUAAGGAGGGCAUUCCCCCGGAUCAGCAGCGUCUUAUCUUCGCUGGUAAGCAGCUGGAAGAUGGCCGUACGCUCUCCGACUACAACAUCCAGAAGGAGAGCACUCUGCACCUGGUGCUCCGUCUCCGUGGCGGAAACUAA